AUGACACAAGAUCAAGAACUUGAACAAAUCAAAUCAAAAAUCCAAGAUCAUUUGAUUUCAUCGGGAACUUAUGAAACUAUAAACCAAAACUUGAAAUUGAAACUUUAUGAAUCUGGAUGGUACGACAAAAUAAGUUCGUUAACAUUGAAGGAAUUACAGAGUAAUAAUGAUAAUAACGAGCCUAUAAACUUCAACGACUUAUUUCAAUUCGUCAAACCUAAAGCCGAAGAUUUGGUACCCAAUGAAGUAAAGAAUGAGAUCAUGGAUAAAAUAAAGGAUUACUUAGAAGACAUAACUCAAUAG